UCGGGGAAACUGGAAAAGGCGGCCGGGACCUCGGGGACACUGCGUACCACCCGGCGCACAGCCCCUCCCGCGCAAACCCGAGCCAAAGGGGCGGUCGAGCGGCGCUCCCGGAGCGGAGCUCAGGGGAUGGUGCGCCCGGCACUUCUGCUGGGCACAGCCCAGCCCAGCCCAGGACCGCUGGCGGUGCGAACCCAGCCGGGCGGGUGCAAGCGCGGGGCAGGGCCUCAGCGCCCGGCCCCCUCCCCUGAGUAGAAAAGCAGCCGCUGGCUGAGGCGCUCCACCACGCCCUCCGGGUGGGCCUAGCAGUCUCUCCAUUUAUCGCUUGAGAUCUCCAGCCUUACCGCGGCUCGAAAUGGACCCCAACUGCUCCUGCACCACUGGUGUCUCCUGCGCCUGCACCGGCUCCUGCAAGUGCAAAGAGUGCAAAUGCACCUCCUGCAAGAAGAGCUGCUGCUCCUGCUGCCCCGUGGGCUGUGCCAAGUGUGCCCAGGGCUGUGUCUGCAAAGGGACGUCGGAGAAAUGCAGCUGCUGUGCCUGAUGUGGAAACAGCUCUUCUCCCAGAUGUUAAUAGAACAAGCUGCACAACCUGGAUUUUUUUUCAAUACGAUACUGAGCCAUUUGCUGCAUUUCUUUUUAUAUUAAAUAUGUGAGUGACAAUAAAACAAUUUUGACUUGAAUCUUA